GAACCAUUACUCCGUAUAACAGUUGCUCGCUACCUGACCGUCUCGGAUAUCUGCAUACACGAUUGACGGGGUUAGCUGACCUGUCACAGCCGUUACCGCUUAAGCUAGGAGGUAGUUCUCAUGCACGGAACCCCUUAGAAGGCCGGACAGUAUCGGGUUGACAUUGAAAACGAAAAAAUGUCCUCAGAACUUAUCGACGCGGAAACCCUCGCUGCUCUCCAUGAAACCAUUAAUAAGCUAAGGCAGGAGAACGCAAGGCUAUCCGCUGAUAACAAACGACUACAGGAGGCAAAUGGUUCUUCGACAGAAGCCGCGACGGCCGCAACCGCUGCCAGCAAAGCCGAUGUGCCAGGAUUGCAAGCCCAGGCGCUGGAGGCUCAGGCGACGCAACAAUCUUCCCAGCCCCAAGUCCUGGACCGCUCUCAACAAACUGAGGUUGGGACCGCUCCCGGACCCAUUCCAGAGCUUCCCGAUGCGCCACGAGACAUCGACAUGGUUUUCCUGACUCAGGAAGAAGAGGCCAGGCUGCUUAUGGGAAGCGACGACCACGCCACCGCAGCAACAGCAGCUCAGGCGGAGCCACCGCCGCCCCCACCGGAGCCAGCGACGCUAGGGGCAGCGGCAGCGGAGGCAAGGCGGCAGGCGAAGACGGGGCCGGAGCAUGGCGGCGGUGUGCAUGCUCCCGCGCCCAGCAGCUACAGGGAUGAGGGCGGUUACUGUAACGGCAGCGGCGACACGGGCGCGGAGGGAGCGGAGGGCGGGCGAUCCCCGAGCUGUGGUCGCGGCGGUUGGCGCUGUCCGGCGGAGCUGCCCCCCUCCUUCGCGGGCGGGCGGGAGCGGCGGCUGCGGGCAGCCUCAGUGGACAGUGUACGGCAGGCGUCGGAGCGGCUGGGACUCCAUUUGACCCUCUCCGUGCUGCGCCCCUGCGGCAGCCUGGGGGGCCCCCCCGCGCACCUUUCGUACGGCGGGUGGGGCGGGCGGUUGCUGUACGUCUCCCCCGCGUACUGCCGGCUGAUGGACACACCCGACAUAGAGGGGGCGCGGAGGGCCAUGUCGGCCUCGCUGGGGAGCAACGUGGCGGUCAGGUCCAGUCUGAUGGGCGUGUUGAAGCUGCUGGUACUGGGCGGGGAGGCGGAGCCCGUCAUGCUGCGCUCGGUGGUGUACCACACCGACCGGCCGGCGGACCUCAUUUGCAUCUGGUUCUACCCGCUGCUGCUGUACGACAUUGAGGCGGAGGAAGAGGGGGAGCAGCAGGAGGGGGGCGGGGAGGGGGCGCAGCAGGGGCAGGAGCAGGAGGGCGGGGAGGGGCGAGGAGGCGGGUGUGCGGGCGGCCGGGGCGCCGGGAGACGACGGAAGAUAACACCCAGGCUGGCCUACCUCUCCUACGUGGACCUCUCCCCCUCCUCCUCCUCCUCCGCGCAGCAGGCGGAGGGCGCCCUGCGCGACCACAUGGGCCUCAAGUACACCCCCAACCCGGUGGCGAUGCUGGACGAGGCGGGAGACAUCAUGACGCAGAACGCAGCCAGCAUCAGCGUGCUGGGGAUACAAGGCUACGAGUGCCGGCUGCCUGGCGCCCCCCGCCUCAACUACCUACGCGCCCUGCUGGCCAGCUGCCCGGGCGCGGAGGCCGACAUGCGCGCCGCCACCGCCACCGGACGCACCUGGUCGCGGCGGCUGCGGGUGAGCGACAGCCCCCUGCUGCGACACUGGAUGCAACUGAAGGCGGGGGAGAGCAGGUGGCACGAUGUGCAGAUCUCCCGCCUGCGCGACCCGGUGCACCUGACCCCCUGCUUCAUCGUGGCGGAGACGGACGUGAGCGCCACCGUGGCAGCGCAGCAGCGGGUGGCGGCGCUGCAGCGGCGGCAGCAGCAGCUGCUGCAGCAGAUAUUGCCGCAGCAGGUGAUUGACGUGAUGCUGGCCUCCUGGGCGGUGGAGGAGGCGGAGGGGCAGGAGGGGGAGCAGGAAGAGGGGCAGGAGGAGCAGGAGGGUGGGGGUGGUGCUGCGGCCCCUGCCCCCUCCUCCUCCCGCUCCUCCCUCCCCGCCCCCCUGCGCCCCUCCCUCUCCAACAUCCGGCUGGUGGGGGGCCCCGGGGCGGCCGCCGCACAGCAGCAACCCGCUGACACCGCUAACACCGCCACCAACACCAGCAGCAACACCAGCAGCAACACCAGCAGCAUGUCCGAUGCCGGGAGCUCCUCGCUUGCCUCAACCGACUCCUCCGCGCCCCCCGCUUCUGCUACUACUGUUAAGUGGGGUGACAGCGGCAGCGGCAGUGGCAGUGGUGGCAGUGCCGGUCUGGGCUCCUACCUGACCAUGCUGCUGCCGGACGGCACCUCGCAGCCCCUGGACCUGCAGCUGGAGGGGGCGGGGGGCGAGGGGGAGGGGGGCGGCAGCGGCAGGGGUGCAGCUGCGGGGGCCGGAGGUGGUGGCAGUGCUGGUUGGCUUGACAGCGACAGCGACAGCGCGGUGCAGCUGAGUCGGCGCGAUGUGAUGUGUCUGGCCACCUGGCACCCGGAGGUGACGGUGCUGUUCGCGGAUAUCAAGGGCUUCACCACCAUGUGCCAGCAGCUGCACCCCGCCCGUGUGAUGCUCUUCCUGGACUCGCUGUACAACGCGUUCGACCUGCUGCUGGACGAGUGCGGCUGCUACAAGGUGGAGACCAUCGGAGACUGCUACAUGGUAUGCGGCGGCCUCUUCGCCCACACCAGCACCACCACCUCCUCCACCUCCACCACCUGCCCCUCCUCCACCUCCUCCUCCGCCUCCUCGCACCCCCCCGCCUCCACCCAAGACCCCGCUCCCACCGCCUCCGCCACUGCGUCUGCCACCAUCGACCUCAACCCCGAGAAGGACCCCUCUCCCCACCACCACCACAACCACAACCAUACCUGCCACGCCACCACCCCCGCCACCCCCACCACCCCCGCCCCCAUGCUCCUGGGCGGACACGACCCCGCCCAUGCAGCCAAGGUCCUCCGCUUCGCCAAGCUGAUGGCUGACGUGGCCUCCCGCCUGCGCACCCCGCUGGGGGAGCCGGUGCUGCUGCGCAUCGGCAUCCACAGCGGCCCCGUCAUGAGCGGUGUGGUGGGGCGGCGCAUGCCGCGGUUCUGCCUGUUCGGGGACACGGUCAACACGGCCAGCCGCAUGGAGAGCACGGGAAUGCCCUGUGCCAUACACGUCAGCGAGGCCACUCGCAACCUGCUGCCUCACGAGCCCUGGCUGCCCCACGGGGGGGGCAUCGAGGUGAAGGGCAAGGGGACCAUGCAGACGUACUUCUGGGGUGGCGACCUGGCCUGCAUGUGCCACAGGGCCCGCGACCGCGUGCUCACCACCCUGGCUGCGGGGGCUGGCAAGGAGCUGCGGCAGCAGGGGCAGGAGCAGGAGCGGCAGGAGAGUGAAUAGGGGAAUUAGGGAAGGCGCUGGGGGACCGGGGCUUGGGUUAUGGGGCUUGGUGUUCGGGCGGUGCUUUGAGCCAGCUGGAGUGGAAUGGCAUGUGAUUGCGAUUGGCCUUGCGAGCAGAGCGUGUUGGCUUUCCUCGGAAUUUCAUGUUCGGUACAUCGCACCCUUGGUAUGCACGCGUGCAGAGAGCCGGAGACCUCGAACACUGUGAUCUGCUGUGAUACGACUUUUUUCGUGCUCGGCCUGGGCCUGUACUGUGUCCCCUCCCCUCCCCUCCCCUCCGGGUGUGCUGUGCGGCAUUGUUUUUGCUGUGCCGAGUUAGAGGGGUGCUGCGGUGGGGUGCUGCGGCCACAUGCCCUGGAGUGCUGCCUUCGAUAAAACUGUGUGUGCUGCUUUCCCUCCGGAGGCAGAAGUAAAAGGGUAUUCCUCUUUGCCGUACAAUAUAGUACUGCAAGGCAUUUUGUUAUACAGGCGGCGCGCGUAUAAUAUCUUGCUCGACACACCAUGCGUGUAUUUUUAAAACCGUUGUUGCAGGCGCUGCUGCGGGGGUACUGGCACUGCGUGCGCACCUGCCUGCGUGCAUGUGUGGGGCUGCUGCUGCCCCGCUGUCGAGUGUAUGAGCAGCUGUCAAGACGUGCUCCUGUGACGGUAUAAUCGCUACUGGCCUUUACUCUUCUUUUGUAUUUCUGGCGUCGACCGGUGUGUGAAGAGGUGGGCGGGUGGGUGCGACCCCGACCACAAGGAGAGCCUUUGGCACGAGUACGACACGGCUCCUUGCCCGAGUACAACACGGCUGCUUGCGUUUCCUUGCGUGAAUGUGAUGUACCCUGUGAUGACGCGUCGUUUGCCGAGUUGCCGUGAUUGGGGAGGGGGCGUGAGGGAGGUCUGCCCCGCUGCAGCUGCUCCUGGGGCCGCGACGGGAUGCAGACAUCCCGCCCAGGCGCCCGCCCAGGGGCUAGGGCUGGUAGCCUGCGACGUUUACCAUUCCGGGAUUGCUGGUACGGUACAUGGAGAGUUUUUUAAGUUAAGGAACUGAACCACAUUUCAUGUCUGUCAGGGUGGAUGCGUGUGUGUUGCUAGAUGCAUUGGACGCAGCUGGCGCACGUAGCUCGCCCCCAGGGCGUGUUAUGCGGCAUGUUACAAGUCCC